UAGGCUAGCGUUAGCAUCCACAAGGGCUGAGCCACACACACGUGUGUUUGUGUGUGUGUGUCGCUCCUACGCUCAACUUUAAACAUCUGGAAUCGCCUCUGAGCUGCUGGCAGACUCGCUCUUCAGCCUCCUGCAGCUGCGCCGAACUCUGUUCAGAAAUCUGCGGAUUUAAGGUUUCCUGUUCUCUCUGCCGGUGAAUCUCAGCAGGCGCCCUGAUGAUGUCAUCACCAGAUGAGCAGCUGUGUCCGAACAUCUGCGACAUCGUGACGUCAUCACCACCCUCCAGCAGGAGGAAACGUCAGAAGUCUCAGCGGCCAUGGGCCACGAAGCAGAAAGCAGAGAAGAGGAGGUUCAGCUCGUCAGAGGAGGAGAGGAGGAGCUCCUUCAAACAGAGGAGACGGCAGCUCCCAGCGGAGGAGGAGGAGGAGCCUGCAGGUGCACAGGCUCCACCCAAUGAGGUGACAGGCAGGACACCGAAGAAGAAGAAAAAGGAUGGAAUGAAGGACACGGGACAUGGCAGCAUCAAGACCUCAUCGCUGUUUAAACACAACCCAGACAUCCCGAACAUCCAGAGACCAGUCAUCUCCCAGUUAAAGGAGACAAUUUUCACCUCUGACUCGUUUUCAGACCUCGACCUGCACCCUCACCUGGUGGCGACUUUGAACAAAGUUAUGAAUAUUUCCACACUCACCAGUGUGCAGAAACAGACCAUCCCGGCUCUCCUUUCAGGGCGAGAUGCUGUGGUGCGAUCUCAGACAGGAUCAGGUAAAACUCUGUCCUACGCUGUCCCUCUGGUUCAGAGUCUUCAGUCGGUUCAGCCAAAGGUCAGCAGGUCAGAUGGUCCUCUGGCUCUCGUCAUCGUCCCCACCAGAGAGCUCGCCCAGCAGACCUUCCAGACCUUCCAGAAGCUUCUGAAGCCUUUUACCUGGAUUGUCCCAGGUGUCCUGAUGGGAGGAGAGAAGAGGAAAGCCGAGAAGGCCAGAAUCCGCAAAGGAAUCAACAUCCUGGUUUCUACUCCUGGACGUCUGGUAGAUCAUAUCAAACACACCCUGAGCAUCGCCUUCAGCGCCGUGCGCUGGUUGGUCCUGGAUGAGGCUGAUCGAACGUUGGACCUUGGCUUUGAGAAGGAUCUGACCGUCAUAUUAAACAGUCUGAACUCUACAGGACCGGCCCGACAGAACGUCCUGCUCUCCGCUACACUAACAAACGGUGUGACCCGGUUAGCAGACGUGUGUUUAAAUGACCCGGUCAGCAUCCACGUGUCAGGCCCCCCCUCCAGUGACCUCACCACCACCACCUCCACUGUGACAUCUGACCCCAAAGCCACCAGCCAAUCAGAGAGCUUUGCUGUGCCUGAGGCUCUGAAGCAGUUUGUGGUGGUGGUUCCCAGUAAGAUCCGACUGGUCUGCCUGGCUGCUUUUAUACUGGACAAAUGCAAGUUUUCUCAGAACAACAAACUCAUCGUCUUCAUCUCGAGCUGCGAAGCCGUCGAGUUCCUUCACUCUCUCUUUACCGCCGUUCUCUCCGGGCCGUCGGCCAGUCACGAACCUCAGCUUCAUUUCCUGCGUCUCCAUGGCAACAUGAAGCAGGAGGAGCGCACAGAGGCCUUCCAGCAGUUUUCAGCAUCUCAGUCAGGAGUGCUGCUCUGUACGGACGUCGCAGCCAGAGGCUUGGACCUGCCUCAGGUCACCUGGAUUAUUCAGUAUACUCCUCCAACAGCAGCAGCCGAGUACGUUCACCGCGUUGGCCGGACAGCUCGGAUCGGAGGGCGAGGAAGCAGCCUCCUCUUCCUCACCCCUGCUGAGACUGCCUUUAUCACUGAGCUGGCCAAUCACAACAUCAGCCUAUCGGAGAUGAAGCUGCAAGAUAUCCUGUCCAGUCUGAUGUUCGAUGACACCUACAAGGGGCGGGGCAAGUACCACAGCAAGAGUUCGUUUAAAGCUCUGGAGCAGGAAGUCCGCGAGCGAGCGACCGUCCUUCAGACCGAGUUCGAGAACUUUGUCCACUCAGACUCUCAGUCGCUGCAGGCUGCCAAGAAAGCACUGCAGUCCUUCCUGCGGGCAUACACCACCUACCCCGCUAACCUCAAACACAUCUUCCACAUCCGUUCCCUCCACCUGGGACACGCCGCCAAGAGCUUCGGCCUCAGAGAUGCUCCGCAGGGUCUGAGCGCCGCCACGGGUCCCGGGGCCUCCAGGGGCCACAAGAAGAAUCAGAACCAGACCAGGAAGCAGGCCAGAAGUCCAGUCAAGAAUCAGAACCAGAAGAAGCUGACUAGAAAGAAGAGGUUUGGUCAGAGGGAGGCCCGCCUGUUCCGCUCAGAGUUCUCCAGCGGGCUGGAGGGAGCAGACGCCAAGAAGAAGAAGAAGAAGAAGAAGGUGGCCCUAAGUCCAUCAGGAGAGGAGGAGGAGGAGGAAUGAUGAAGAAGUGCCACAUGGACUUUUGAGUCCAUUAGACAGUAAAUGUAAUAAAGUGUGCUGGAUGUUGGAGGAGCAGCUGCAGUUACAGUCAGUGAGUGAGGAGAGGACUGCUGCUCAGAGAGCUCUUCCUCCUGCUUCUGACGAGUUGCCGGUUGGUUCUGAGAUUAAUCAGCAUCACGACUGUUCAGCAGUUUUUCUGCCUGUUUCAGCUUUGGGUGCAGCCAGGCAGCUUUUCUGUUUGUAACAGGGAGUUUCAAACUUCAGGAAAGCUGCAGAGUGUUUCUGAGCAGGACAAGAAGCUGUGGUCUGGGGGGGGUCUAGUCACUGUAGUAUCAUCAAAAUCAUUUUAUGCAGCACUUUUUUUUUUCCUGGUUUUACUCAUUUCUCAUUUAGUUUUCUUUAAAAUGAGCUCUGGUCCCUGAAACCUGAAUGCUGGCUCAGGGAGUGGAAAUGUCCCUGAGCGAAGGCCUGAAGCGGCCUGCGUCUCCCUGCAGAGUUUGUGGCUUUUCUUCUUGAAUGUGAUUUUGUCCUUUGGGGCCACCGUACUCGUGGUUUCAGUUACAGCGCCUCAUUUAUGGAGAAACUUCUUCAAAUGUGAACCCUUCUUUGUGUUUGUGGACUUUUGUUUUCAUUGCUUAAUUUUUUUCAUAAAAUCAGGAUGUUUGUGUGCUUGUUAAGUAUGAAAACAUGUAUUUUACAGCUGUCGUUGAUAAAUGUAGAUUUUUACCCUGAAGGUAAACCCAUGCCUGCAGUGUGUGGUUGUGUCUUAAAUCCUCGUCAGCCUGGUUUCAUCAUCUGGAGCUCGUGUUCCCAGUUUUCUGUGAAUACUUCAGUCUGAGCAACAGCUCAGAGAGAAAAACCC